UCCCAUUUGGACUAAAUAAGCAUACACUCUAACCAUUGUCCCACUUCUAAGCAAUAAAUUAAGACAUAUAAUGCAACGGAAUAGUUAAAGUCGUAUUCUUUUCAUCUUAAUAAUAGGAUGUUGUUUUUACUGUAGGUUGUAUUAUCAUCUCUUGUUUACGAGAGGCAACAGAAGUUACGGAUCAUGAUGAAGAUGCACGGACUUGGAGAUGGCGCUUAUUGGGUGACUUCUUACAUAUAUUUUCUUGCUAUAUCUUUAAUCUACAUGUCCUGUUACUUUGUAUUUGGAGUACUGACAGGGUUAACAAUAUUCAACCUGAAUUCUUAUGGUGUCCAGUGCAUCUUUUACUUUGUCUUCACAAAUUUGCAAAUAUCUUUCGCCUUCCUGUUAGCUGCCUUAUUUGCUAAUUUAAAGACAGCAUCAGUUGUUGCUUAUACAAUUGUCUUCGGUACGGGGAUCAUGGCUUUUCUUCUUUUCCAGCCACUCGUAAAUGAUGCAUCAUUUCCUCGUGGUUGGCUUAUUGUUUUGGAAUUGUACCCUGGUUUUUCGCUGUAUCGAGGGUUAUAUGAGCUGUCCAAAUUUGCACAAGGGGCAUUUAAAAUAGGGACUUAUGGAAUGUAUUGGGAGUACCUCAGUAGCAGCAGUAAUGGCAUGAGAGAGGUUCUAAUUAUUAUGUCAGUGGAGUGGGUAGUAUUUCUGAUUGCUGCCUAUUACUUGGAUCAAGUUAUAUCAUCUGAAACGGGGAACCGCAGGAGUCCUUUAUUCUUCUUGCCGAGUUCUCAGAAGAAGCAUUUAGCAUCAUUUCAGAAACCAUCUUUUCAGAGCCAGGAAUCUAGUGUUCAAAUGGAAGACAAUGAUGUUCUCCGAGAGAGGGAGAAGGUCGAGCAGUUGCUGAAUCAGCCACACCCCAACUAUUCUGCCAUAUGCUAUAACCUCAAAAAGAUGUAUCCAGGGAAGGAUGGGAACCCCAAUAAAGUUGCUGUCAAAGAAUUAUCUCUUGCAUUACCAUGCGGAGAGUGCUUUGGAAUGCUUGGUCCAAAUGGUGCCGGCAAAACUACCUUCAUUAGUAUGAUGACUGGGCUCUUGGAGCCAAGCUCUGGAGCAGCAUAUAUUGAAGGUUUAGAUUUGAGGACUCAAAUGAAUGAAAUAUAUGGCAGUAUGGGUGUGUGUCCACAACAUGACUUGCUUUGGGAGACCCUAACAGGAAGGGAACACUUAUUAUUUUAUGGAAGAUUAAAAAAUCUCAAGGGUUCUGCGUUAAGCCAAGCAGUGAAGGAAUCUCUCAAAAGUUUCAAUCUUUUCCAAGGUGGAGUUGGUGACAAAGCAGCAGGAAAAUAUAGUGGAGGUAUGAAGAGAAGACUCAGUGUGGCCAUCUCAUUGAUCGGGGACCCUAAAGUUAUUUAUAUGGAUGAGCCCAGCACAGGACUUGAUCCUGCUUCAAGGAAAAUGCUGUGGGAUGUUGUGAAGUGUGCAAAACAAGAUCGAGCAAUCAUUCUUACCGCACACUCCAUGGACGAGGCUGAAUAUCUUUGUGAUAGGAUAGGUAUCUUUGUUGAUGGAAACUUCCAGUGCUUGGGAACUAUAGAUGAGCUAAAGGCUAGGUACGGAGGAUCGUACAUGUUCACCAUGACAACCUCACCAGAACAUGAAAGAGAUGUGGAGGUGUUAGUGAAACAUCUAUCUCCACAUGCUAAGAAGACUUACCAUUUGUAUGGAACCCAGAAAUUUGAGCUGCCAAAAGACGAGGCUAAAAUUUUUGAUGUAUUUCUAACAGUUAAACUUGCAAAGCAGAAGUUUACUGUCCAAUCUUGGGGUUUGGCUGACACAUCUUUGGAGGAUGUCUUCAUUAAGGUGGCAACUGAGGCACAAUGAUUUUCUACUUAUGUUGCUUUGUCUUACAUGUAAUUUUCAAGUAUUCCUGUGAAGUCAUCAAAAUAGAAAAACCUCAGUUUAAUGUAUUAAGAUUAACGGGCUUAUUUUGUUUAGAAACCAAAGGUAGUGUAUUUUCUGAUA